AUGGCCAGCGUGAGUCGUGAGCGAUUGGAACAGCUCCUUCCCGUUGCCUACGACAACUACCAGCUCCUGCUUCCCGCCUUGGACCUCAUGGUACAUAACCGCAUAGAGACACUCCGUCAUCUAAACCAGAUUGCCUAUAAGCGACAUCGACUAGGGAACGUUGCUAAGGUGGCAGGGGCUACUACCGGGAUAUUGGGUUCAGUUGCAGCCGCCACUGGCGUAGCGUUAACGCCCAUGACGCUGGGGUUCGGGCUGGUCUUAACGGCCGGCGGGGCGGCAGUUGCCAGCCUCGCAACACUGGGAGCUCACGUGACCGAGAAAGUGUGCGACUUGGAGACGGUUCAGCGGGCGAUCGACGCAGACAAACGGCAGUGUGAGGCCGUAAAAGAGCUCUGGAGGAGUUUGAAAUUACUGCGACGAGCAAAUAAAUACUAUAGCGCUAGCUGA